AUGAAUAGCCUCGGCGAUUCUGUCCAUCACGAAGACGCCAGGCGACUCCCGCCUGCGCGGCGGGCAUUCACGUCCUUCACGACGCGGUGGUUCCUCAUACCGCAGGGCACCGGCAUCCUGGCCAUUGUCCUCAACCAACUGCCCUACCAAUUCCACGGGCUGCACACAAUCUCCAUCGUAUUCUGGUUCCUCAACAUGGUGCUGCUGGCGGCCAUGCUUGCCAUCUUUCUCCUGCGGCUGCUCGCGUCGCCCCGGGUUGUCGCCAGGUCCAUCGCCACCGACACGACCGAGGCAGCCUGCACGGCCAGCAUCAGCAUAGCUUUCAUGUCCUGCAUCCAGAUGCUCUCCCUGGUGGUGAUACCCUCCUGGGGCGGCAGGGGCUGGAGCCUCGCCGUCUACAUCCUGUGGUGGGUAAACUGCGCCCUCGCGGUGCUGGCCUGCAUCGGCCUACCAGACGUGUUCGUCAGGUCGAUUCGAAGCGAAGGCGGGCUGGCGAGAAGCUUUACGCCAGUGGUACAGCUCCCCCUCAUCGCGGCGCUGACGUCGGCCGCCGGCGCAGGGACGCUCUGCCAGUCCGCCGUGCUGAGCGCCGCGCAGAGAGUGCCCAUGAUCGUCGUGGCAUAUCUUGAGAUUGGGCUGGCGUUGCCAACGGUCCUGGCAUUCGACGUGCUGUACCUGGCCAGGUUGCUUCAGCCGUGGGAGGAACCCGCGGGCUCGCAUCACGAGUUCCCCCCGGAGCAGAUGUACUCGCACAUGGUGCUGUGCGGGCCCUGGGGGCAGAGUAGCUUUGCGCUUCAGACUCUUGGAAAGGCCGUCUUCCAACUCAAGGGGGGGUUUGGCGCAUCCGGGCAAGGAGCGCUCUUGUUCAGCGAUCAGGGGGCUGACACGGUUGCGUUCGCGAGCAUUCUCGUUGGGCUUGUGAACUGGGGCCAGGGCACAUUCUGGUGGGCAUUCGCCAUUGUUAGCAUUACAAGGUCUGUGGUUGCAAGGUCGAAACAGAACCACUCUAUUGCUUUCCAUUUGUCCCUGUGGGCAACCGUGUUUCCGUGGGUAAGCCGGCGACUCUGUUGA